AUGGGAGCGCCUGCUGGUGAUGUCAUGUUGUGGGGAGCUUGGAGAUGCUGCUGCAGGAUCCAACACUUCUGGAGAAAGCAGCAUCAGGGAGCCGCCUGCAGCACCAUGACUCUGAAAGCGUACCUACAGAAGAUGCGAGAGCUCCCCCUGCUGUCCCUGUUCUGCUCCUGCAUGCGGCCGCAGAACAAACCUGCUCCCAGAGACAAGAUCGAUGGCGUGGUGGACCUCAACCUGUGCAGCAUCCGCGACAUGGAGGUCAUCGAGCUGAGUAAACGCUCCAGCGGCCAGGCCUUCGAGGUCAUUCUGAAGCCGCCCUCGUUCGACGGCAGCCCAGAGCUCCGGGUGACCACUCCGCCGCGGCCCAAACCCUCGCUGGAGGAGAUCCAGAAGAAGCUGGAGGCGGCGCACGAGAGGAGAAAGUGUCAGGAGGCGGAGCUUCUGAAGCACUUGGCUGAGCGCCGCGAGCACGAGCGAGAGGUCGCCCAGAAAGCAUUAACCAAAGAACGUCAGGAGCAACAGCAAACAGACACACAUCUGAGCGCAGCACAGGAGCAGCCUCAGGUGUCAUGA